AUGGUGCAUGAUGAAAAAAUAGACAAAAAUUCUUCAUCAGAAUCAGAAUCUAGUGAUAAGAAUGAUACAAAUGAAGAAUUAGAAAGGAAUCUAACAGCCACUAAUAAAUUAGUUAAUAAACUAAAAUUAUGUUGUUCGUAUGAGAAGAAGUGUAAAGAAGAAUCAAUGCUUCUUCAACCUUAUAGGAAUACUGGCAAUUCACCUGCUAACAAGUUAUCCAUUAAGACAAUUAGUGAAGUAAAAUCUUUCAUUAAAUUGGUUAAAAAACAAUAUAGUAAAGCAUUGGCAGUUCAGAAGUAUAUACGAAAAAAUGAUAUAGAUGAAGAGCUUAAUGAACAAUUUACCAUGCAUAUCCAAGAUUAUCAUGCUAUGAGAGAGGUCUAUGAAAAUUAUAUCCAAAUAGCAAAAAAGAGUAAUCAAUCUUCAUUUUGUGUAUUUUCUUUUGACUUCACCCAAAAUGUUAAACUGUCUCAUAACCCUCAACAACCAGAAAAUGAUGAAUUCCAAUUACUAAAGCAAAAUGUUUAUAUCAAAAGUUUAAACCCUGCUAAGCUUCCAAUAAAAGGUCUUCUUGAAGAAAAACAG